GACGCAUCGCCCCUGAACGCCUCACAACAACAGCUGGUAGCACAGAGGAAGAGAGUGAGAGCUAAGCAGAGAGCAGGAACAGCACUCAUCUGCUGCCUGGCGUUUUACAGUGAAGACACUUAGGAAAACACAGCGGCUAUUUUCCUCCGACUUUUACACAGCUCAAGGCGCAUGCUCAGACAGACAAAGUGACGGUGCAGUUGUUUUAUUCAGGAACUCGGAGCCGUCAACCAACUCCUUAUUGUUCUUGACCCAACAAGUCUGGAUUCCUGUAACUGCAUAUUGGAACACUUAAAAAGAACAACACAAGGUACCAUCGGACCUGUCGCAUUCGCUUCACAAUCAUUACAUCGCUAAUGGGCAUAACAAAGAAGAACUUCUGGUCAAAGUUAUCAGCUGACAGAAGAUUGCUAAACUUGUGGUAGAGCAAACAUGAAGACCGAGAUGCAGAAACUGUGAUAAAGAAGCUCCAGUACCAGACACUGAACGGUUUUAAAGAUGACCACUUCAUGGAGCGACAGACUGCAGAACUUUGCAGACUUGCCUGCAAACAUGGACCGCGUGACAAUGAAAAAAUACAGAAGAGAGUCCUACCACAGAGUGUUUGUCAACAGAAGCUUGGCAAUGGAGAAGAUUAAAUGCUUUGGCUUUGACAUGGAUUACACUUUAGCAGUGUACAAGUCACCAGAGUAUGAGUCCCUGGGUUUCGAGCUGACGGUGGAGCGGCUGGUCUCAAUCGGUUACCCCCAGGAGCUGCUCAGCUUCGUCUACGACCCGACCUUCCCCACCAGGGGUCUUGUGUAUGAUACCAUGUAUGGAAACCUGUUGAAGGUUGAUGCCUACGGUAACAUCCUGGUCUGUUGCCAUGGAUUCAACUUCCUCCGAGGCCCCGAGAUCCGCGAACGGUACCCAAACAAGUUCAUCCAGAGGGAUGACACAGAGCGCUUUUAUAUCCUUAACACACUCUUCAACCUGCCAGAGACCUACCUCUUUGCUUGUCUUGGGGAUUUUUUCUCCAAUUGUGAUAGAUACACAAGCUGUGAAAGUGGCUUCAAAAAUGGCGACCUCUUCAUGUCCUACCAGAGCAUGUUCCAGGACAUCCGCGACGCCGUCGACUGGGUCCACUUCAAGGGUACUCUGAAGCAGAAGACAGUGGAGAACUUGGAGAAAUAUGUUGUGAGAGAUGGGAAGCUGUCUCUUCUCCUCAGCAGAAUGAAUGAAGUAGCCAAGGUUUUCUUGGCUACCAACAGCGACUACAAAUACACAGAGAAAAUCAUGACCUACCUGUUUGACUUCCCCCACGGCCCCAAGCCUGGAACCUCCCACCGGCCCUGGCAGUCCUACUUCGAUCUGAUCCUGGUGGACGCCAGGAAGCCGCUGUUCUUCGGAGAGGGGACGGUGCUCAGACAGGUGGACACGAUAACAGGGCGUUUAAAGAUUGGAACCUACACUGGACCUCUGCAGCGCGGCAUCGUCUACUCUGGAGGUUCCUCUGAUAUUGUGUGCGACCUGCUGGGGGCCAAGGGGAAGGACAUCGUGUACAUCGGGGACCACAUCUUUGGAGACAUCCUCAAGUCCAAGAAGCGCCAAGGCUGGAGGACGUUCUUGGUGAUCCCCGAGCUCGCCCAGGAGCUGCACGUGUGGACCGACAAGAGCUCGGGGGGUCUCUCCCCCUCAUCUUGCUGUGUGUGCAGUCAGUGGGUGUGGGUGAAGGACAACGCUUGCUGCAGGAGUGGGACGUUAUUCGAGGAACUGCAGGGCCUGGACAUUUUCUUGGCAGAACUCUACAAACAUCUGGACAGCAGCAGUAAUGAGAGGCCGGACAUCAGCACUAUUCAGAGAAGAGUCAAGAAAGUGACCCACGACAUGGACAUGUGUUACGGCAUGAUGGGCAGUCUGUUCCGCAGCGGCUCCAGACAGACACUGUUCGCCUCCCAGGUGAUGCGUUACGCCGACCUGUACGCCGCCUCCUUCAUCAACCUGCUGUACUACCCCUUCAGCUACCUCUUCAGAGCCGCUCACGUGCUGAUGCCCCACGAGUCGACGGUGGAACACGCCCACGUGGACAUCGACAUGGAGUCGCCGCUGGCAACGCGCAACCGCACCCACUGCAGCGACUGCAAGGACCUGGAGUGCAAACGCAGCCAGCUGACCCGCUCCUUCAGCGAGAUCAAACCCCCCAACCUGUUCCCCCAGACUCCUCAGGAGAUCACUCACUGCCAUGAUGAAGAUGAUGAUGAGGAAGAGGAAGAGGAGGAGGAGGAGGAAUAGGCUGGACAUGGAGAUGAAAGGCACUUCCUGCUCCUUCCUUUUCAUGUUCCCAGUAGAGUUGGGUAGUUGUCUCUCAAAGUGAGGCAUCUGCAGUGUGUGUGUGUGUGUGUUUGUGUGUGAGUGUGUGUGUGAGUGUGUGUGUGUGUGUGUGUGUGUGUGUGUGUGUGUGUGUGUGUGUAUAUCAAUACUGUAUACACACACACACACACACACACACACUGCAGAUUCCUGAGGAAAGAAAAAACGGACCAGUAGCAAACAGAUCAUAUGACUGUCAGAAGACUGUAUGCAUGCUCGGUCCUCUAAAAGCUAACUUUCCCUAGCUUCCUUCCUAUAGAAAAAAGAAACACUUUAUCAUUUUUUUUUAAUUAACUUAAUUAUAUUUUCUGUUUUAUUUUCCCCGUCAGACUUAAAGAACAUCCCAUACUGUUUUUAUAAUCUGACUUGAAAGGCCUGCUGGUGAAUGAAGCAGAUUGCGUAGAUUCCUAACAUAUUGUUCGAUAACAGAGAAAAAAAACACUGCUCAGCUUCAGUGUAAAAAAAAAGAUGCACACUGUACUAAAACACUUUCUUUUUCUUUUGAUGCAACAUGGGAACAAUGUUCAGUGUGCCACCUGUUUAGUUUCUUUGUGUCUCUUUCACUAGUACUUUGUUUUGAACCUUGUGUGUGUGUGUGUUUGUGUCUCACUCAGAGCGCAGCAUCCUGAGUGACGGUAAGCUAAGAAUGCCUCGUACUAAACUGAAGCACAAGCCGGCGUUAAACAGAUGCUUUUAUUUUUGGUUGAGAGAAAACACGAUAUUUUGUUACCAAGCAACAAUAAGUACAGAGUUCUGUACAUGUGUAUUAUGCCUGCCGCAGUGUUGCUGGAAAUAGCAAGCGAGCGGUUUAAUGCCACCAGCUGUUAACAUGCAGUAUUUCUUCUGCACAGUUAAUUUGAAGAUUGCCUUUUGAAAGGGUAGAUGUUGCAGUCAAGCUGAUUUAGAGAUGUGAUCUGUCCACUGUGUAGUGUGAAAGUGGCCUUAGUAUGCAAGGAAAUAAGGUGUUUUCAGGAUGUAUAGUAUACAGAUAACUUUAGAUAGACUGUCUUUCUCUUUGGUUUUGGGGCUUUGUUGGGUGUAAAAUCUGCUGUGUAUCUAACAGUUUUGUAUAGUAUUCUCCUGUGCAGCCUCUAAACACUGUGAAGUGACUAUAUGCUAAUUCUAGCUCUGUUAGCAGUUGAAAACUAGAUGAUCUCUGAGUUUAAGCGCUUGACUUCACAUUUGCAUGGCUAAAACGGCAACUCGAUAGUUAUCAAGAUAUAUAAAUCGUUCGGUUUCUUUAUGAAGAGUUAAACUCUGAAAAAGCUCCGCUUAUAGGCCUCAUCAGGUCGUUGUGUUAGGACUUCAUUGACAGUACAUUAUUUUCCAUCCAUCCAUUGUUUUACUCCAAAAGGAUUGGAAACGCCAGGAGUUUGAAGACAUAACAAGACAUUUGUGUGUGCCUGUGUGAGGUGGAUAGCACCAGCAAAGUGGGACAAGUGCAAUGGAAGCAGUCUUUUUUAAUGAGUUUUUAAAUAUAAUAACUUGUUGCAUGCUCCUCUUCUGCAAUGACACCACCAACAGUUUCAUUCAACUCCUAAUAUAUGCAGAACAGCCGUGUAUGUAAACUAGCAUGUUCAAGAAUGUGCAUUAGCCAACUUUCUGUCAUUAGAUUUUGAUUGAUAUGUUCCUAAAUUCUGAUUGGUUAACAGAAGUGACAUCACCGGUUUUAAACAGAGCCCCGCCCACUUCAAAUACUGGGAAGAGCACAGAGACGAGCAGAAACUCCGAUAUCUGUUGUGUGAAACAACACAAACUGUUUCCGUCAGUCAGUCAGUGUUCAUGUAAAGACCCCAACACCAAUGAUAAUAUCUUUUUUCAUCCUUUAUUGUUAAUUUGUGUUCUUUAAAAACGUCCAAAUGCGCCAGUGUUGCAGAACAUCAAGAGAACUGCCUGAUUUUUUUUUAAACACAUUUAUUUUCUUGUAACCAUUGUAUCCUGUAUGUUAACGUUCCUCACCUUUUUAUAUUUAGUCUCUACAUGCUGUAUUGAUACUGUAAGUGUUGGAGCGGCAACAAAAGGGAAGAAACAUGCCGUCUACUUUUUGCAUCAUUUCUUUGUUUGGCUUGAUCUGCUGUGGAGACAGGUGCAUUUGUUGAACUGCUACUCAAUGGAAGAACAGCUUGUAGGACAUUCUCUUUUAUUCUUUUAUAUUUCCUCCUUUUUUCUUUACAAAUGAAUCAUUUUGAUUCGUUAACGUAGAAUAACUGGAUACACCAGGCAGCUGCACUGCUAAUAGGAAGUAGUCUUUUCUUUGCAUAUUUUGCAUAUGCAUGUGAAAGUAACACAUAUCUGCUCUGCUGAGGCGGUGGUUAUGGUAGCGUCUGUUGGAAUUCUAUGUGGACCGUUAUAGGAAAGCUAUUCGUUUAAUUUGUCAUUGUAGUUUACACGGGGAGAAAAAACUACAAACCUGUAAGAUAAAAGAAGAAAAACGUACAUGAGGGGACUUUAACAGAUGUUACUUGUUAUCAAUACCAUGGGGUUAUUUUUAUUUUUAUAAGCUAGUGUUUUUAAAUGGCCCUGGUUUACAGAACUGUAAAUAGACCUUUCCAUUUUCUUUUUCUUACCUUUUUACCUGACUUAAUCCUGGCAAAUAUGCCCUAAUGCAUCAACAUGAACAGGUGCCAAGACACUCACCUUUCAUUUUCUAAACUAUCUUUUGUUUUUAUGCAUAUCACUUCAUGUUCUCCCGAACAGUGUUUUGUUUGUUUGUUUCCAGAAAUUAUCCUACAGACUGUACAUUGAGGUAAAUUACAUAAAAAUGUAGAAUAAAGAUAGUUUUUCAUA